AUGGCUUCUUCAGAGGUUGAUCAGAAGUUCCUCGGCAAACUGGCCAAGAAUGUCGAGGCAACCAAUCCUUUACUGGCCUCCAUGCUCUUUAAGAUCCUGGGGCUGUCUAUUAGCCUUGCAGAGCAACUUGUCAAGGCCAAAAAGCAACGUCGACCUGAUCCUGUCCGCAGCCCUGAGUCUCUCGAGCUCAUCUUCCACAUCAUCUGGCUGUCCCGCGAAGGUCUCGUUAUGCUUCAACAAUACGUCAUACCCAUGGUCGGCAACUACCCAGAACUGAAAGUUCUAGCUUACAAGCUGCAAGCUUCGUUCUUCCACAUCUUCGUCCUUUUCCACAACGACCCGCCGGUGUCGACAAUGGGUAUUGCAACGCCUGACUUGGCCGCCGGAAUGGCUUCUCCGGGGUUCCCUCCCUUCGCCCCUUCAAGGACAGAGAAGGGCAAGGGCUUGGCGAUUGAAGACGGAUGGAACUCGUCACAGGGGUCUAUACAGCCGACACAUCCUCUAGAGGGAGGCCCUGUUGGGGCCCCGCCGGGACUCGCUCCUCCAGGAAGCGCCGUCUAUCUUCCUGCCAGGUUUCUGAAGGAGCCGAAAAACUUUCUUCCAGAAGCCCACCAAUAUUUUAGGGAAGCCGUGGCCCUCGCCGACCAGUACCUCUGGGGCUCCCAUUCUCUGCGGCUUUCUGUCAAGACGGAAUACGCCGCGUUUAUGUACGAUUGCCUCCAUGACGCCGAGGGGAGCCGCAGGUUAGCCAAGGACACAAUCGCCGAGGUUUACGAGGCGACUGAAGGCAUGGACGACGAUAUGUUUACCGACGCCUGCGAGCUUGUUACCGUCCUUGGGAGAAUGAUGAAACGAGGCCUGGGCUCCAGCAACACGUUGAGGAAUAAAGGCCCCAUCAUCAGCUCUCCUCCGCCAACAGCUCCUCCCGCCGUGGCCGUGCCACCGCCUGGCAUGGAGAAUCCGAUAUGA